AUGGAGGGUUUGGAUAUGGUGGUUUCAUGUCUGGCUUUGGGCCUUCUCUUCUGCUUCUUUGUGUUGAAAUGGAAUGAGUUUAGAUACAGCAGAAGAGGGGUGCCCCCGGGAACCAUGGGGUGGCCUUUUUUUGGUGAGACUAAUGAGUUCUUGAAGCUAGGGCCUCAGUUCAUGAGAAACCAAAAAGCAAGGUAUGGAAGCGUUUUCAAGUCCCAUAUACUCGGAAGUCCGAUGGUUGUCUCGACGGAUGCGGAGCUCAAUAGAUUUAUCCUGUUGAAUGAAGCAAAAGGGCUGGUGCCCGGAUACCCACAGUCGAUGGUGGAUAUCUUAGGAAGCCGGAAUAUUGCUGCUGUCCAUGGCUCUACACACAGAUACAUAAGGAACAAUCUGCUGUCCCUUGUCGGAACCCCAGUGGUCAAGGACCGGCUGUUGCCGCGUCUUGAUAAGCACAUGAGGCUGUUCCUCUCCAACUGGGAUGGUAAGACUAUCGACAUUCAACAAAAGACCAAGGAGAUGGCGUUCGCUAUGGCUUUCAAGCAGAUUGCGGAAGUUGAAUCAAGUUCAAUUUACGAUAGUUUUAAGUGCGAGUUUGAUAAGUUUCUAAUAGGGACGCUGUCUCUUCCUGUCAACCUUCCAGGGACAAACUAUCACCUGGGAUUUAAGAGCAGGGCAGAUGUGGUCAAGACUUUGACAGAAUUGAUGGAGAAGAGACGUGGGGCUACUGCAGGAACCUAUGAUGACAUGCUAGCGCAUUUGUUAAGAGACGGGACGACGAGGUACGGGCUGACUGAUGAGGAUAUUAUUGAUCAGAUAAUCACGAUAUUGUAUUCGGGAUAUGAAACGAUGUCGACAACUUCGAUGAUGGCUGUAAAGUAUCUCCAUGAUCAUCAAGAAGCUCUGCAAGAACUCAGGGACGAGCAUUUUGCCAUACGAAAGAGGAAAGCAGCAGAAGAGCCGAUCGAUUGGAACGACAUUAAGUCCAUGAGGUUCACUCGUGCUGUUGUGUUUGAAACUUUGAGACUGGCUACUGUUAUCAACGGGGUGCUAAGGAAGACAACACAAGAUGUGCAAUUGAACGGAUUUACAGUCCCUAAAGGAUGGCGAAUCUAUGUCUACCUGAGGGAAAUCAACUACGAUCCGCUCCUCUAUCCUGAACCCCUAAAGUUUAAUCCAUGGAGAUGGCUGCAGGAUGAGAAGUUAGAGUCAAACAACUAUGUUCUGUUGUUUGGAGGAGGAAGCCGGUUGUGUCCUGGAAAGGAACUCGGAAUAGUUAAGGUUGCUACGUUCCUUCACUACUUAGUAACUACAUACAGAUGGGAAGAAAUUGGAGGAGAGAAGAUGUUAGAAUUCCCAAGAGUGAAGGCACCCAACGGAUAUCACGUCAACGUGAUGAAGAUUUAG